GACAUAGCUUGUCACGUGACAACUGUUUAUAAACCCUGAGUUCUUCAUGUUCAGUUGGACCAUUUACAGAAGCUUUAAGUCAUAUUGGUAAAAUGUUCAGCUCAGUGACAAAUUGGUUGGGGGUAAACAUCAAGGGUAAAGAGGGUGCCACGUCUGAAGAAGACAAAGAAAAUGUAGCACAGCCUAACAAGGAGCAACAUUCCGAGAGCAGGGACAGCAUCAGCUCCACAUCCGUGGAAACGUCAACAAGCUCUAAAUCUCUGCCUGAGAGUGAGUCAGAGGAAAAUAAAUCUACAUCUGAAGAGGAAUCAAAUCCUGAUAUUUCAGCACUGCAUGCACUUGAAGAUGUGUCUUUAAAGGCCUUCAACACUGCAAAGGAAUUUGGAAAUAUCCUGUUCAAUUUUGGCAAGGCAGCAGGAAAGACUGUUGCAGAAACUGCAAAACAGUUGAAAACCACAGUGGAAGAAAAGACUAUCCUUGGGGAUUUCAGCAAGGAACAGGCAAAGUUUGUUGCAGAAAAAAAUGAAAGCAAAAGAUUGGAGGAUGCUGUGCCACCAUGGGUUGGUUACAACGAAGAAGAAGCCAUGAAAUCUCAGAUUCUGGCACUGUCUACUGACAAGAGGAAUUUUCUGCGAAACCCCCCAUCAGGUGUGAAGUUCCAGUUUGACUUUUCUAACAUGUACCCCAUAGCUUUGGCAACCUUGCAGGAGGAUCCAAAUUUGCAGAAAAUGAGAUUUGAUCUGGUUCCAAAGAAAGUGCCAGAAGAAACAUUUUGGAGAAACUAUUUCUACCGUGUCUCUCUCAUCAAACAGUCCAUGCAGCUGACAACUCUUGCUCAACAAGCAGAAGACAGCAGCAGCAGUUCAUGGUCUUCCUCAGUCAGCAUUGAGCAGAAGGAUACAGAACACAAUGUUAACCAGGAAGGAUUGAAUGAGUCGCCGGUGCCUGGCGCAGAGGCGGGCAAGGAGGAGGAGGUCCACGAAAGCCCCGCCAACGACGAGUUCGUCAGCGACACCUUCAACGGUCAGCAUCUGUGCGAGGAGGACGUGCGGCGGGAGAUGGAGCAAUUGGGGGUCAAGGACGACAAGAAGGAAGAUGAGGAGGCGGAGUGGGAGAAGGCGCUACAGCAGGAGCUGCAGGACUACGAGAUGGUGGGUGGGGCCGCCGAACUGGAGGACCCAGACCUUGAGCGCGAGAUCCUGCAGCAGAUCGAGGAAGAAACGCAGGCGUUGUCAUAGCAACAUCCCAGACAGGCAGCUGCCACCGUCGUCCUCUACGUCGCUUCUCUCCCUCUUCCUUCCAUCAGCAGACGCUGCACCUUACCAUCUUUCAGAGCUACGUGUGCAUCGUCAGUUCUUCAUCUACAAAAUCUGUGGCAGACGAUUUUUUUUAAUCCAAAGAAAGAUAUACAUCGGAUCAGGUUUUUUUUUCUAGUUGCUUGUGAUUGUUUCGCUACUAGAAGCGAUUUUGUUGUCUACCAUAAUAUUUUGUCAGUGAAGAGGGCUGAAUGACUGUAGAUAGCUUAAGAGGUUGCUGAGUGGGUGAAAUUUUAGUUCGUGGGUUUUUAAACAUCCACAAUUCUCCCAUUCAUUCCACGAGGGAUUUUUGAUAAUCACAUUAAUUUUAUUGUGUCAUUUAGUAUGGUUGCGUGCAUGUUUGUUGGGUGGAGGUUAGUCUCCAGUGUCUCAUGCUAUUCGUCAUGUGACAAGGAUCGAUACAGACACUCGCUGCACAUAUCACGUACACCUCCGCCCUCCACUUCCCGUAGUUGGGUGAGCGCUUUGCCUGACUUUUUGUGCCAGGAAAACCAAUGGGACUUUGACCCCCUGACCUCUAGUUCUUCUGCCGACCACCGUGGUCUGUGCACGCUGUUUCUACCUUACCUUGAAGUCUUCAGUCCCCUGAGGAAGCAUUAGGUUCUGCCAUACGCAUACCGAUUGUAUCUCAGUUGAGCAUAAAAUAUCCGGGGGAUUUUUUAAAUUCUUUUUCGUUGCCUCCUUCCUCUUGCUAUUUUUCUACUCGGUCCUGACCCUUUCCUGCCAUUAACUGGUAAGCUGCUCCUGUACUUUCUCAACCGUAAGCUCUCCACGCGCACUUAUCACUCUUGUGUCGCUCUCCUUUCCGUUUGCCUUUUCUCUUGCAGCACAUGUGCAUCCUUCUUCAGCAGCUGUUGCGGCCACAGCCUACCCCCUACCCCACCACUACCUCACCUGACUCCCACCCUGCAUGCUUUUACCGAUCUGGGAUCCUUUGUUGUAAGAGCGAGACAGCCAUACAAUCAACAGGUAGCCUUAACACCUGACAGGUGUUGUAGACGUGUGUCCAUUAGCUGUCGGGUGUCCUCCAGUCCCUGUGACCGCUUCACCUUCAGUUUUCCUUUGCACUCUUCCUAGUCCCUUCCUUGUCCCCGCUGUAAAUGUUUUAUUUAUUCUAAGAAUGGAGGGAACAUGAAGUAUGAUUUUUUUAGGACUAUUAACAAAUUCUGCUAUGAAAAGACCAAGGCUUUUUUACGAAUAUUUUUGUGCAAUGGUGGUGGUCUGUUCUCCGUCAUUUGCUGUCGUUUUACCUUUAGGUGAUUCCUUUUCUUUCCGCCCCCUUACCUUCAGCACCCAGGUACGAGCUUUGUCUGAACCAUCACCACGUUGUAAAAAAAAAAAAAAGCCAUGACGGUUCUGUUGCAAAACAUUGUACCAUGACCAGAUGUCUGGGCUUGGUCUCUUGACACCCUUUGUCUGUCGCUUCUCAGAGCAUCUCGUCCGCACCGCUCGCUUCCCGCAUGUGACAGUCACGUGGCCUCCUGUAGAGAAGGACGAUCUUUACAGUGAGCUCAUGGAGAGGAGAGCAUCUCCACUGACCGGGCAGUUCUUGGUGCCUGCGUGCUUUUUCCGCCAUGCAUGAAGACAAAAUUUCUUUUUAAGAAUAAGUUUUGCUGAACGCGCCAAUUAAUGCACCCUAAAGCCUUUGCUUUUAUUCCCAGCUACUGCAACCCAAUACUUUCUUUUAUUCUUGUAAAGUUUUGCAAAGUAUGAAGAUGUCGACGUGUUUGCUUAGUUCUUGUCUUCUAGAAGAUUUUCAACAUUUUUUUCCCACCUUUAGGCGUACUUUAUUGAUUUGUCUUCUUAUUAUUUGUUGAGAAAAAACUUUAAAGACAUUGUCUUGUUGCACUAGAGUACAUCUCUCUUUGAAAGGCUUUCAUGUGUUAUCACAAAAGUAGGUCAAUGUCCAUGCCACAUUCCUGACUUGUUUGUAUAGCACUUAAUGAAUCAAACCAUAUUUUAGCAUUUGCUCUUAUUUUAUUGUUUCGCUGGCCAUGCUAGUUUAGUGUGUUUUCUUCUCGUCUGUCACUUGAAUAAUUUUUUUUCUCGCCGACACUCAAGAUGCGCCUCGACUGAUAUCAGCAUUAAUUUUGACGAGAACUGCGACACAGAGUUAUCUUUUUAAAGUCGUUGGAUACGCAUUGUAUAGGGCAGCCGUGUUUGGAGUUUGUUGCGAGGACAAGGGCAUUAGCUGUUAAGGUAAAUGAAAACAAAAUCAUAGCAGAAGCCAGAAGGACUGUACAUGAACCGCUUCUAUCAGCUGAAUUGAGGUAAUGGAUAAUAGGUAAUAGAUACCUCCUGCAGCUGUCGCGAAGGACAAACAUUCAGGGGACUUUUACGGUUUACGAAGUAACUUGAAAAAGGGAAUGUAAGCGGUGUACCGGCGAAACAGCACGACUACCGACGCCGCACACUUUCCGACCUCUUGGGCCCACCUCUGUGGAUGAUAGAGUGAUAAGUGUGUUUACGUGUAGCUGGCAAACUGGUAGCCAAAAGGUUAAGGCCACUCUUUUUUAUAGCGUCUUUGUUUUGCUUUCCUGCAGCAGUCUGUUCUCACUGCUGCUUACCUUCACUCAAACAGAUUGGAAGGCACUGAAACUUAGCAUCUUCGGUGUUAGUUGACUUGUUUGUUGUCUUCUUCAGGUGUACGUCGGAAAAUGAUGCCGCGUAGUGGUAAAGUUAUGACUCGGAUUAUUACAUGCACGUUUUAGCUGGUAGGUUGACCUACAUGAUAUGAUUGCUGUGAGCUUUGUUUCUUAUGUAGCUUUCUUUUUCAAUUAUAUUUCAAUAAGUGAGAGUCGCAGUGACGGGAAUAUUUACAGAAAUAUUUAAAUGUUUAUGCUUACUGGAGAGUGUGUGUGUCCACAUGUUGCUCUUUAUGGUACAGAGGACCACGACAGAGUUUGCGACUUAGUUUUCUGUAAAAAAUGUGGUCGAGUCGGAGUUGUUGUGAGGGGUCAUCGCACCACAGAUCUUUUGUAGUCUUGGUGUACUUUUUUAUUUCUUAGCGCUGUCCGAAUAAGCGGCGGUGGAGUGGCUUGUGAUGGAAGUGGCGAGCAGUUGGCGUCAUUCCACAAUGUGAAGGUGAAAGUGCUCACUCUGGGGUUGACGUAGUACUUCGUUCUCAUUUCACAUCUGAUGUGGUCGUUAGCUGCGCCGUCCUUGCCGGCAGCACAUUCCGAAAGUAGUUUUGUUUUGGCAACGAAAGUAGAAUAGUCCGCAUACAAUUCUUGCCUCAGCAGCUAUUGUGUCAGAUAACGCAUAAUUUUCAGAGGAACCAAAAUGUGAGCUAGUGUACGUUCCAGGUAAGAGACAACUAUGCAGGAACUGUACAUGUAAUGCACAGGUGUACAUAUGUACAACUACGUAGCUUAUCACAAAAUCAAUCUGGUUGAAAACUUGUUAUGUUUCAGUCCGUGGCAACUGUCUAGUACCAUAGCUGUUGUUGAUCUUAUUGCAAAACUUUGUGAUAUGUGUGUAAUUUUAGGCGGCCGUGAACAGUAAUACAGCACACGUUACAUCUAGUAAUGCAGUUCACAUUAGACUGAGUGAUGCAGCACACGUUACACCGAGUAAUGCAGUACACACCAUGUCAAAUAAAUGAACACACCUUACACCGAUUAAAGCACCAUAGAUUCUGUAGCACAUAUUACACCCGAGUAAUGAACAUAUGUAAUGCCGAAUGAGGCAGCACACAUUACCUCGGGUGAUGCAGAACACGACACCUAGUAAUAAGAUCUUGAGAUGCCAAAAUGGUUGCGUCAGCUACGACACAUUGGUAUAAUCUGUUUAAUCCCGAGGGUAGAGCAGCAGAUUGUGCCGUCCUAACGGUGAAAGGGCAUCACGUCAACUUUCGGGGGUCAGGUAGGAUUUAUUACCAUCUCUUUUUAUUUUUUACAUCACUGAUAAUUGCACUGUUUUUAAGGUGUUCAAUCAUAGGGUUUUUAAAUGAUUGUUUUGAGAUGGGAGACUCCAGACAUCUGCACGAGGCAGAGAAAAAGCCUUGACAUCAGGGUGAGAGAGAGAUCACUGGGAAGGAAGUGAGCGCUGAUAAUUUUAGCAGUUUUCACAAACACAGGAGGGAAAAUAGGACUGGAGAGGGGAGAUUUCCGGAUGGGAUACUAGUAAAAACAAGCGUAAAUUUUGCCACAGGCAGAAAAACGGAAGCUGUGGUUUAUAGGGAAGUAGACACGUGUCACGUUUAGGCCGAGGCCUUAAGAUCUGUGCCACGAGGAGGAUUCCCAACGGCUCGCUGCCAUCAUGUCAGAAUUGGGCAAGUCGGAAAUACUGAGGUUUGAUACAGCGUAGCCAGUGUGACUAUGGCCUGGUGGCUAAAUUGUUCUUCCACACUUAUUUCAGCUGUUUCUGUGGUGCACUUCAACGGUGACACCUUUGUACAAGACGAGCAUCGUCGCUAUGUUAGUGGGUAGUCGAUCUGCUCGCGUUCGCGAAACACCGUUGAGGGCGAUUGCCACGUCACGUGACCAGUAUUCGCUCAUGUGAUUACUCUCUUUGCAGACCUCGGGUACUUUCACUGUCAGUUGCUCACUUUCAAUCUCGAAACUUUGGACGAUUAGAACCGCGAAGUAAAUUGGAUUGUAAAUAGGACGUUGCCUGGGGAUGUGCUUGGAUGGGGAUCGGGAUGGAGUAGGGUUCCUACCCUCCCACCUUCUUGUUGAUUAGAUAGUAAAGUUGUUUACACCUGUAGAAAGUGGCAGUCUCGACUGUUAUCACAAGUGUAUGUACAUAUUUGUAAUAUCUUGUUACAUCCUGCUGUUUACAGAGGGAAUUAAAAUCAACUCGUACAAGUUUA